UAGAGAACUGGGACAACACAGACUCUUACCAGGAUUACUUUGAUUUGGAUGACAAAGACGCAGACGUGCUACUAAGUGCUGCCAAGGGCAUGAAAAAGGUUGGAGUCUCGGCUCGGCGCUGACAAAACAGGACGACCUGUGCUCCGAGCGACAGUUAAGGCUACGUAUCAGGAAGCUUUGUUUGUUUCCCCCUCCAUUGUUUUCAGUCAAAGGGUCGUGCUAAUGCUUGUCAGCAUGAAAUGGUGAAAUGGGAGCAUAAAACACAUGAAUUUGUGUGGAAUGCACAAUCGUGCAUGGCGGCUUGCUGCCUGACCCCAGGAUGCAGAGAAUGGAGGCGACGUGCAGUGCAGGUGUGCCGCCGACGGGAGCCAAUCACAACACGCCGACAGCUACUGAGAAAGGUCACUCUAGCAUCGUGCAGGGCCGCCUCAGGAUAAACUGGGGCCCUGAGCUUGGGCCUAUUCGGAGAAGAGGCGGGGGCAGCCCAAGCAGGAACUUAUACAGCAGGACUCCCCAAUGCAAACACCGCAGUGCAGAGAGCGCCACCCGGUGCUGCAGAGCCGCCACGGCAGCGGCCUACUGUGCUCACUUGCCUGUAUGUGAAUGUCCUCUUCUCAUCAGCCGCCAUGCACCCAGGAGAAGUAGCGCUCUGUGCUUCGCGACUUGAGAAACUGCACGCCGGCCGAAGCUACGGCGACAUCUUGGCUCUCGUCGGCGAGCUCGACAAGUGUGACGUCACCGCGGAGCACCUGGAGGACAUCGCCGACGUUCUCUACAAGCUCCUCAAAGGAUGCUCCGAUGGAGGCGUGAGGAGGGCGGCGAGGGGCCUGCUGUCCAAGUGGAGGAGGCAGCACAGGAAGGACCUGACAGGCGUGACAUGUUCAGGUGACCCGGAAGGUGCUGAAGGUGUGGCUGGAGUAGGUUCCCACUUGUGUAACUUUAGUGCCUCCUCGUCCCCGGCUGGCGUAGAAGGCUCCUCUGUAAGGUCCAAAUGUGUCCAACUCCUGGUGUCUGCCCUCGGCCCCGAACCAGGAGAUCUGGGCAAAACCACGGAGUUGCCAGCAGAGGUGGAGCUGCACAUCCACCGCCUCCACGCACCCAACCAGGCCAAGUACAAAGCCUGCGUGCGGAGCAAAGUCGCCAACUUGAGGAACCCUAAAAACGGCCACCUGCGCCACGGCCUCUUGGGCGCCCGCCUGCCUCCCGAGGCUUUCGCCCGCAUGUCGGCCGAGGAGAUGGCCUGCGACGAGCUGCGGCGGCUGAGGAAGGAGCUCUCGUCCCGCGGCGUGAGCGAACGCCAGCUGCCGCUCGGGCCGGAGGGGACGGAGACGCGCAAGAUCCGCUGCGAGCGGUGCGGCGGCUCGAACUGCAGGGUGACGCAGGUGAGCCGGGGGACGCUCUUCCUGCCGGCGUGGGUGCGGCGGGUGGGCCCUGAUGAUGACGCCAUGACCUUUGUUACAUGCAGCGAGUGUGGGCAGCAGUGGUACCACAGCAGCUGGGUCUGCCUCUGAUGGUCCUCAGCAUUUGCUAACGGUUACAGAUCCAAAUUGACCUUUGUCCCAACUAUACACACACACUUUUUUUCUCUUUGGAAUAAAACUUUGGGGAGACUAUGGCCUGGGAACGCCUCGGGAUCCCCCAGGGAGGAGCUGGACGGAAGUCUGGGCUUUUCUGCUUAGGCUGCUGCCCCCGCGACCCAACCUCGGAUAAGCGGAAGAAGAUAGAUGGAACAAAACUUUACUAUGUCAUAGGGGUGUAACGGUACACAAAAAUUUCGGUUUGGUACGUACCUUGGUUUAGAGGUCACAAUCAAUGUUCCCUCUAAUUGUUCAUGUGUGUGAGCAAACACAAAAACUCCCUGAGCAUUCAGUGGAGCACAUGUGAGCAACAUCACACGUGGCCAUACCAGCAGCACACCUGUCUCAAACCAAUCUUUUAUAAUAACACUCAAAUGAGAGGAGUCCUUUUCAUGAGAUUAUUUUGUAGUAUUAGUGAGUUGGCCCACUUGUAAUGAAAAUAAAAGAAAUCUUGUUUUUCAUAAACUCUGGAUUAGUAUUGUACAAUAUGUCUGGGUGGGGGUCCUGCUUUGGAAAUCAUUUGUACCCCUUUCAGAGAUCACAUUUAGUUGCCCUUAAACAUCCUCAUGUUGCACAAUGAAAUGUAAGCAUAGGAUGAAGUGUGCAUUCCUGUAACUUUCUCUAGUGACAGCAUUCUGCGAUUAAUAUAAAUAAAUUAACAUUAAUAUUAAAUGACAGUAAAAUAAGCACACGUAUAGGGAUGAUACUCGAAACCGGUUUUCUCGGUUGUUCGAUAAGAAAAGAACCGAGUCCUGGGACUCGAAUCCAUUUUUGAGAACCGGUACCCGUUAUCGAGACCAUUAUAGUAAAGAAAAAGAGUUGGUUCUUUAUUCGAAUCCCGUCCCGACCAGAAAUGCCCUGUGGGACAUCACAAGAAAUCACGUAGCUCAGUCAUUAGGCACAGAUACCGAAAGCAGGAAAAACAAUGGACCGGAAAAAGCGCUCCAAGGUGUAAUAAAGUUCAAAACAAAAGGUAUAAUCCAAUGAAUAACUACUGAGAGAUUUGAGCAGGGUACAAACACAUGACGAACACUUUUACGACCAACCGGAAACAUAGCAACCAGGCUAGCAACGCACCUCCUUUACGGCAGCUGUCGCAACGUUCUUACAACACAUCUCCCUUUUUUAACUUUUGUUUUUCUUUCCUUGUAAACAAAACAAAAUCACACUGUAUAUGUGUUGUCUGUCUAAUUAUAAAUAAUGCAGACGAGGCGUGUUGGCUGAGUUCUUGACGUUUACUUUCACAGCGUGCUCAUAACCUCAUUCUUACGUGACGACAUGCAACACUUUUCGGGGCUACCGCGCAUGCUCGUCACUCCCGUUGCAUGCUGGGUAGUGUAGUUGUUAUAUUCCUAGCCUAGCUCAUAACAUCACA